AUGGCCGCCCCCGUCUGCACGUUCCAGAACCAGCUGUCGUCCUCGACUGGCGCCAGCGCCGCCCACCCGCAUUCGCACGAGGGAGGUCACAGUCACUCUCAUGACCACGCUCAGGAGCAUGGUCACACCCAUGAGCAAAUGGAUCAUGCCGGCAAGUUCUCUGAGCGGGAGCUCCCCGACUAUCACGGCCGUGAUUGGGAGGAGCGCGCCUUCACCGUCGGCAUCGGCGGCCCAGUCGGGUCUGGCAAGACGGCUCUCCUCCUCGCUCUCUGUCGCGCACUACGCGACAAGCACAACAUCGCUGCGGUGACCAACGACAUCUUCACCCGCGAGGACCAGGAGUUCCUGAUCCGUAACGAGGCACUGCCGAAGGAACGUAUCCGUGCGAUUGAGACUGGCGGCUGCCCGCACGCGGCUAUCCGCGAGGACAUCUCCGCCAACUUACACGCGCUUGAGGAGCUGCAGGCCGAAUUUGACACUGAGCUGCUGUUUGUCGAGAGCGGCGGGGACAACCUCGCGGCCAACUACUCGCGCGAACUUGCCGACUACAUCAUCUACGUUAUCGACGUUGCUGGCGGCGACAAGGUCCCCCGGAAGGGCGGACCAGGAAUCACUCAGUCAGACCUGUUUAUCAUCAACAAGAUCGACCUCGCGCCGCACGUGGGCGCGUCACUCGAGGUCAUGCGCCGCGACUCGGCGACGAUGCGCGAGAGCGGUAGCACGCUCUUCACGUCGGUGAGGCAGGGCGAGGGCGUCGACGCGGUCGUGGACGCCAUCAUCUCGGCGUGGAAGGCUAGUGGGGCUGUGGCCGACCAACGCGUAACCCGUGUCUGUCCACACGGCACUUCUCUUUGA